UCUGAAAUACACAUUGAGCACCUCCAAUUUCCACCAAUCUUUCAGGCGUUUCAGUCACUAAUUCCAAUUACCCAGGGUUCUUUCUUGGGAAAACCCAACGGACCCAACGAAUUAGCCCGAGCUCCCGUAGAUAGACUAACUACUCUUUGGGCUUCAGCCGAGUUCAGUGUGUGUCGGUCUGGGCCUUUUUUUUUCACCGUGGGUAAUCGAAGGCCAUGAAUAACUGAGUCGAAUCGUGGUCAUGGCGGGAGUCUCGAACGUGUCCGGGGAUCCCGGUGAGGCCGGUGAGGGCGGUGUACCGGGGGGCACUUGCCAUUUUUUCUACGAAGAUGGGGUGUAUCGGGUGGGUCGGCACGGUCAACUACAAUUUGGCAUGAUUGUCGAGAACUCGGAGUAUUAUUCAUCGGAGAGUGAGGAGGAGGGGGAGGACGCGGCGGCUGAGGCUAAGGCGGAUGACCCGGACGACAAGCUCAAGCCCGGGACGGUGCGGGUGGCCUGGCAUCCCAAGGGACACGAACAAGUCGUACCCGAGACAUCGGAAUUCAAUGCCGAUGUGGUGGUAUGCUAUGAAUCCUGGAUUGGCGUGAUCAAAAGCGUGAAUAACAAAAUCACUUUGAAGCUCUCAGAUGGAUCCCUGUGCAAAUUAAGUGAGGAAUUUGUGGAUAGUUUGGAAAAUCUCUGCGAAGACCGCGACGAAGAUUGUCAAUUCAAAGGAUUUGAAUACUUCCCCGGAUUAGUCCUUAAAGGUCCAAAAUCGAUCUAUGAGAAAGGAGAAUUUCUGCUCAAGAGCCCGGACUACGCGAAAAAGGCCAAAUUCAUACGAUCCACGGUGAUCGAAACCGAAGUUGAAUCCAUCGGCGUUCAUUGGCAGUGCAAAGCCUAUUCCAAAGAUGAGGACGGCCUUUCGAAGCUUUCGGCCAAACUUCCAGACUACACUGUGCCCAAAAGCGAGCUCAAGAAGGUAAAAAAACUUUACGUUUUUGAGCCGUGCACCCUACAAAUAGGGGAUCGAAAUUUUUACACUCUCAAAGAAGAUGAUCGUGUGGUUCCCUUGAACGAGUGGAUCAAGAAGGAGCAAAGCAUCAUCCAAGGGCGAUCCGGAGAUCCACCCCCUGAGCUUCCAGAGCUGCCGAUCGUUGAUCCAAGUGGGACGGACCAAGCCGUUGUUGGAACAGGGGUUCACGAAAGCCCUUCUUCCGGAGAAAGCGAUGCCGAGUCCACCUCGAGCGAGACGAAUAAAAGAACCAAGAAACGAAACGUGAUCUCCUCCAAGGCCUUGUACAAGAAGAAGGCCAAAGUGCGGAAGCUCAAGAGCAAGCGGGAGAAGCGCAAGCUUCCCAAAGUCAAGGCCCUCACCCCCGGUGAAAAAUACGUGGUGGAAACGAUUCGAACGGAAUCCGUAGCAGAUGUAGUUUGGCAAGAUGGAACCGUGGAGGAGAAUGUUCCAUCUCGAGAACUGUUCCCCAUUUACCAUCUGGACGACCAAGAGUUCUUCUGCGGGGACUACGUCUGCCGCACUGAGGAUUCCAAUCCCAAUCGUUCAGGUUUGGUGGGCGGAUGAUAGUGUGUCAGAAUGUUGGCCUCAGGAUCUCUACAAAAUUGGCGAAUAUGACAGUGACGAUGAAGGAGGGCUUUGGAGUGGAGAUGCUGAUGAUUGGCUGAAUGAUGAUUUGGAGGAUGGGGACGAGAGUGUCUCUUCCUGGGAGACCUUAUCCGAGACCUCCGAACCUGGAGAUGUAGAAGUUGAGGAUGACGAGGAUCCGGCAAAUUUACGUCCCAAGUUGGCAGCUAACAUCGAAAAGGCGCGAAUCGCCAUGACCCGUUUGGAAGAGAUAUUCCAAGAGAAUCCCAAUUUGCAGACCAAUUGUGUUAUGAAGCAGUUGUUGGAUGUCUUCAUAGAUUGCAGGUACUUAGACCGAUUAAUGGGCACCUCUUUCUUCCACGAAAACAAUUUUGAGGGGCUUUUGGAAAAGAUUCGAGAUCGUGGUAAAGUGGGCUCUUACCAGCAGCAGGUCAAUGCACAAAUGCGGAGAUUAUUCGAUCGCUCGCCCAGCAACUUGAAAACAAUGGGUGUUCCCACCGACAAGAGUGGAAAUGCUUCGAAUCUUGAAUUAGCCUCUACGUCAAGUACAGACGCAAAAGAUCGGGAAAGUUUUAACGAAGAGAACCAACCAAGCCAAGAGAGCGUAGAUCAAAUCGCUGAGAAAUUGAGCGAGGCUUCUCUCUUAGCUACCAAUUUGGUGCCCACGGACAUUAAUGACGACCUGGAUUGGGUGGAUGACCAACAAAUGUGUGCCAAGUUGUGCUCACUCAUGAAGGCUCAAUUGGUCAAAGCCCAUGAUGAAGUUGUCGAACGAUACGGGGGCCAAGGGGCCAUUUUCACGCAGGAAGAUCUUAAGGAAUCGCCCGGAGAGGCCGAAGAUGACCUCGAAGGAAUUAUGAUUCAGAUCCUCAGCUCGGCCCGAGAAUCACUCAACGACAAAUUGGCCGAGAUAUCCUCGGUUCUCGGGCGAUGUGAUGAGAAAUGCCAGAAACUCGAGGAAAGCCAAUCCUCUGCAACUGACACCGAAGUAGCCCCUCCCCCUCCCAAAGGAGUGUCUUCUCAGGAAAUUGCUCAAGCACUCUAUGGGACUACGACUAAAUCGCAAUUAGAUACGUCCAAAGCCGCCAGUGAGAUUUUGAACACCAACGAAGACGAUGAUGGUCAAGGCUCAGAAGAAGUGUUCAGUAUCGAGGAGAGUGCUCCCGGCAAUCACAAGUUCAAGCUGUCCUUGUUCCAACCGAUUGAUCCCAAAAACUUCAUCAAGUUCGUCCGAAAAGAGGUGAAUCUCUUGAAGACCAACCUACCCGAAGGCAUUUUUGUCAAAGCAUUCGAAGAUAGAAUGGACUUGUACUCCGUGAUGAUAAAAGGACCGCAGAACACGCCAUACGAAGAUGGACUUUUUUUCUUCGACUUCCAACUCACCGCUGAUUAUCCAAAGACACCCCCGGUGUGCCAUUACAUAAGCUAUUGCUCAGAUCGCCUCAAUCCCAAUCUAUACGAGGACGGUAAAGUGUGCGUUAGUCUCUUGGGAACAUGGAGUGGAAAAGGAACCGAGACCUGGUCUCCGAACUCCAAUAUGCUCCAACUCCUGGUCUCCAUUCAGGGCCUGAUUUUGGUGAGCGAACCGUAUUUCAACGAAGCCGGAUAUGAGCGCCAGAAAGGCUCUCAACAAGGGACCGAGAACUCGCGGAUGUACAAUGAGAUGGUAGUGCUCAAGCUUAUUCAAAGUAUGACCAAGCUCAUUCAGAACCCACCACCCGUUUUCAAGAGCAAUGUUCACGAGCAUUUCGAAAAGAACGGGCAAAGAUUCAUCACAAGAGUGGAGGAAUGGCUGAACCAAUCGUUGACUCAUCAUGAGCCGAAUAAAGGAGUACGAGAACAGCCGGUUGGGAGAAAGCCCGAUUUUCCGUUGAUCCCGACUUCCAAAGGGUUCUGCAUUUCGGUUUCAAAAGCUGUGAGCAAAUUCAAAGAAGUCCUGAGCCAGGUCAAAGGUGACAACUCUGAUUCAAAGCCGGAGCAAUCCUGAUACGAUGAUAACCGGAACUAGUGUUUUUUUGCAUGUGUGAAACAGGGCUUUAUAUCUGAAUCGUUAUGGAAAAUAGACAACACGAGCAUAUUUCAAACAAA